AUGGUAGCAUUUGCAGGAAGCCAGGAAAGCCCUUUCUAUUAGAUCUUGGAAACUCAGACUGUGCCUUGUACUGCCUGGCUAGGACAAGCUUCUGGAGGUUCCAUUUAUCCAGAGGCAGAAUGGACCCUCUUCCUUGCUACUAAAAUUGUUGCCAGUUUCAACAAAGAGACUAAACUACCUAAGGAAACAAUGUUUCCUCCUACAAGGUACAAUCUUGGCUCCUCCGCCAUGGGUUGGUGGUGGGGGGGGUUGGCUGUUCUUGGAAAUGUACUCCAGAGACUUUCUUAUUUAACCAGGAUUCAAACUGCAUUGCUACAUAAUUCCUCCUGCUGAGGCCCUAUGAAAGGAAUGAGUUGGGACAGAUACAGCAAGAUAGUAGGAUAAAUUUCGCCCAUUCUUCUGGCUAUACUACACAGGAGUGAACUUGAUUUCAACAAGAUGACCCAAUUCUUAGCAUGCUUUUCUACCCACUUUCACCCAUAACGCUUCCAAGUCACUGUCUGAUUCAAGAUGUGCAGAGAAACAAAAUGGAAAAAAAGACAAACUGGCCAGUAAAAAGUAAGAUGACAUUUAAAAUAGUUUGCAAGUUAAUGGGGGGAAAGGGGUAUUUUGUUUAAAAAACAAAAAUAAAAACAAAAAAAAAACCCCAUGAUUAAACCUUGGGGCGGCAUAGCACAUCACUAUCCUUUUGUGGUUUUGAGUGUAUUUUAUUCAUGCACUGGAAGUAGAUAUUCGUCAUACUGUUAAUAAUUGUUCUACUAAAUUGUACUCAACAGUGUGCAUCUCUGUAACCUUGUUUACUAUUUUCUUCCUGUACUUUUUUCUUAAGCUCAUUUCUGAGGGGUGGUUGGUUCACAUAAGCUUUCAAUUUUUAAAUAACACACACAAUCCGUUUUUUUUCACUAGGCAUCUUUGCUCAAAGUGGGGAACAAUCAGAUUGUGAAUGUGGUGUAAAUCAGUCAGUCCCUUUCUUCCCUUUACAAGAAAAGCUGUGGGUAAUAGAAAAGAGAACUCAAGGAAAUAAAAAUUCUACGGAGGCUUUUAUGAACUCAGUCAUUAGAGUCAGAAGAGCUAGCUAGCUCCAUGGAGUGGGGGAAAGAGAAGAAAAUGCAAUUUUUUUUUUUUUUUUUUUUUUUAGAGCUGUUACUUUAAGCCUCUCUAGUAUCCCCCUUCUCUUCCAUCCAGUAUCCUGGUCCCACCCAGGCCUAGUGAGAAUCCAGGGCUGGGGCACUUCAGAAGCUGGAAGGGGAAUGAGAGAGAGGCUGUGGGUUAGCCUUGCCUGGUCAUCAGGAGAGGUCCAGGCAGAAAGGCUGCCUAGAGAGCCUCACUCUGACCUCUCUGAAACCACAUCAGAGAACCUCCAAAAUGGUAUCAGUCAUCCUGAAACUUGAUCGGUAAAGAAUUUUCUGCGUUUAAAAUGCUUAAUCUUAAGAAAAAAUAAAAUACUUGAUCUUAUUGGGAUCUUUUGAGGUAGGAAAAUCUGAUGAGAAGUAAACAUUCCCUAUAUUCCUAUGCCUUGGGUAUGCUCCUGGAAACACUGGAGGGAUUGUUUGCCAAAAAGUCUUGGCAGUGUUCGAGGAUGGCUGGCCAAGUCAUAAGAGAAGGAAGAGAAGAGGUUUAUGUGGUACUGAGUCCAGCAUUGUGUGUAAAACACAGGUUUCAAUGUAAAGAAAUCUGUUGCACAAAACCCUUGGAAAACAUAGCAUCCUCUCUUUUCUGUACUACCCCCCCAACAAGUACCCUGUUCCUCCAAAAAAUUUUUUUAGAAAAUAAGGAAAAAAUAGGUGGGAAUCAACAUGACCUUAAGGAAGCGAAUCCCUUUGUUUUAAUUUUCUUUUCCUUUUGCUUUUACAUUUAAGAGUUAAGACAACGUUUCAGCAGAGAAUUGCGGAGAAGGGUAAAGGGAAAUCAAUAAAGUUAUUCUGUGACUUUUCCCAGGAGGGAGCUGGGUUAAUCGAGAACGGCCUGCUUGGCUAUAUAUCAAGUCCGAAGAGAGAGCAGGAGUUGAUUUUGAAACAGAUUUCCCAGCUAAACUGAAGGAGAUAUAUGUAAAUAAACAUGUAUGAACAUACAUUCAUGUGUAAUUUUUACAUGAGUGGUGUGUGUCUGCAUGUGUCUUAUUAUAUACAUUCUAAUGUAUAUGAACAAGGUAUAUGACGUGCACACACAUUUAAAAAGUAGAUGAGAAAAUUCCUUUAGGUCAUUAAUGAUAUUGGACAAAAAUUCCUCCAACAGUAGUUUCUAGAUAUUGAUCGAGGAUCCUUUUACACUUUAUAAGUUUCUCUAAUAAGUCCUUUGGCUCCCAUAGAAGAAAUUUGAUGUAAUAAAGCCUAAAGUGACAGAUGAAGGGAUGGAAAUCAGAUUUCCUGACCCAAGGCCAGUGGAAGUGUCUUUGAGGAUGAGGAAGCUUCUGAAGAGUCUCUCUGGGUAAUUCAUGUGGUUACUUUCUCUAGUGACUACAGAAAUUUCUAGCGGGUCUAUAGAGCUUCUGGAAGCCAAGUUGGCCAGGGAACUACUUGAUUCCAUUGGGUCAUAGUACCACAUUCUCCUGUCCACUGGAAGCAGCAGUGGUUUCUUCUGGACAGACUUGGACAACAUAAUUGGGUGGAAGCAGGAUACCUGAGUGUCAGUCCUGAUGUCAUCUUCCCAUUGUGAUCUUGAGUGAGUUAGCUAUCCUUUCUGGACAUCAGUUUCCUUUCUUAUAAAAUAGGAUGAAUAAUUCUUGCUCCUUCCAAACAACUUCCUUAUUGCCCAAGAAUCUUGUCGGCAAUUCUUUGUGCCACUCAAUGCUCAGAUUUUGGAGACCACUAAAGGGUUAUCUCCUUUCCAUGACCUAAUCUACUGGGAUUCAUCCCACCAUUCUGAAGCCCUUCACAUUUUUCUUCUCUAAUUUUGGAUGUUCAGAUUCUGAAUUGUUUUUAACAUCAGCGAAGAUGCUCUAUUUUCUUUCUUUCUUUUUUAAAGAUACUAUUUGUUUAUUUUGGGGGGGAAGAGAGAGAUCAUGAGCAGGAGGAGAGGGAGAGUGAGACUAUCUCAAGCAGACUCCCCACUGAGCCGGGAGCCCAGUGUCGGGCUUAAUCUCAUCACCCAGAAACCAUGACAACAGCCAAAAUCAAGAGUCGGUUGCUUAACCAACUAAGCCACACAAGCACUCCUCUAUUUUCUAAAUCUAAAUGCCAUAUGUAUCGUAACUGUUAAGAAAAUACUUUUGUAAGAGAAUGGAAUCUAGACAGAGAGAGAGGGACUGUGUGGAGUUCUGGAAUUUCCCUGGAGGAAAUUUCAUAGUGUAUCUAGUCUAACCCUCUGUUUUACAUCUGAGGAAGCUAAUGAUCUGAGAAGUAAAAUGUAUUGUCCAAGGUUACUGUGACAGAAUUAAGUGGAGAACCCAUGUCUCUUUAACUUUCAGUUCUGUAUUCUUUCCAUUGGUUCAUGUGUCUUGAGACCACUAUAAUUAGAAAUCGUACCUGAGGGGUGCCAGAAAGAAGGAAAGAAAGCAAGGAAAGGAAAGGAAAGAAAGAAAGAAAGAACGAAAGAACGAACUUGAAGAUAAGUAAGCAGACCAGAUAAAGAUAUCUCAACCUCUGGUUUUCUCCAGGGUCAGAUUCUAACUCUUUGUGCGUAACCUGACCAACAUGGCUUUAGCAUCCUCAUGAAAGAUGAAGGCUUCCUGGUUGCCAGAGCCUCUUCUUUUUGUCCCUUCCUGUCCCUUAAGCCCCAGCCCAGAAUCUGGAUCUAAUUGAAUUCCUAUUUUUUUAAAGAUUUUAUUAAUUUAUUUGACAGAGAAAGAGAUAGCA